AUGGCUCCCACUAAUUCCUAUAUGUCGAAGCUGAAGGUACAGCUGAAGUUGUCCAUUGCGCGCCUUCGCAUGGCCCAGCAAAAGGAUGAAGCUGUAUCCAAACAAUCACGGCGCUCAAUGGCCCAAUUAUUAGAAGCUGGCAAAAUCGAAAGCGCGCGUAUCCGCGUCGAAGGCAUCAUUCGGUCGGACAUCACUUGCGAACUCUACGAGAUACUCGAACUAUACUGCGAGCUCCUGCUUGCGCGUGUCGGCAUGAUGGAAAGCUCCACCUGCGACGUGGGCUUGGAAGAGGCAGUGAAGAGCAUCAUGUUUGCAGCUCCAAAGAUAGACAUCAAGGAGAUACACGUGGUCCGGGCUCUACUGACAGACAAAUACGGGAAGGAGUUUGCGUUGGACGCGGCGGAGAACACGGACAACAAGGUGGCUGAGAAGGUUGUCAAGAAGCUAAGGAUAGAGCCGCCCUCCGAGGCUCUUGUUAACGGAUACUUGGAAGAAAUAGCUAGCACGUAUGGCGUUGACUGGCCGAAAGCAGAGCCUGGAACCCCUCCGAAGUAUGCCGAUGACGAGGACCCCUCGAGUGGCGUCCAAGCAGAGAAGGCCCUGGAGGAACCAAUACCAGCAAGCAGCAGGGUGGAGGAGGAGAGGGACGCGCUGACGAAGGCCACUCCGCCGAGAGAUUUCGGACCAAGCAGCCCAUUAAGGGUCAACCCACCUAGCCCAAGCACGGACAACUUACACCCGCGAGUCAUAGGCACCCUCGACUUGAAGCCGACACAGAAGAUUGCAGAUGCAAAUGCGACGAAGAAGCCUGAUCUAAAGAGUAAAGGGCCCGUGGGCGGUACUAUUCCCGAUAUUGACGAACUGGCGGCGAGGUUUGCAGCACUGAAGAAGUGA